GAAGGAGCUGGACCUGCGCGGGGGGGGGGGGGCCUUUGUCAGGAUGCUCUGAGGAGGAGGAGGAUGCUCUGAGGAGGAGGAUCCUGCCACCCCCUGACGUUCGCCCUUCGGUGGGGACCCUCCCAGGGAAUUCAAGCCUGGAAAAGGCUCCCUGCUUCCCUGUGAGCCAGGAUGAGCUCCGUGGCCAGCCCCGAGCCCCUGCCCGAGCCCCCCGGCCCCGGGCCCCGUUACCUGGAGAGCUUGGCUGAGGAGGACCCCGAGUACCUGCGGGAGCGGAACAUGGCAGCGGACCUGCGGCAGGACUUCAACAUGAUGGAGCAGAAGAAGAGGGUCACCAUGAUCCUGCAGAGCCCGUCUUUCAGGGAGGAGCUGGAGAGCCUCAUCCAGGAGCAGAUGAAGAAGGGGAACAACUCGUCCCACAUAUGGGCCCUGCGGCAGAUCGCUGACUUCAUGGCCACCACGUCCCCUGCCGUCCUCCCCACCUCCCCCAUGGGGCUGGCUUCGGUCACCCCCAUCAAUGACCUGCACGGCCCCGAGGCACCGGCGCUGGCCAAGGGCGAGCGGUUGAUGCGCUGCAAGGUGGGCAGCAUCCACCGCCUGCUGGACCUCUAUGGCUGGGCCCAGCUGGGACACGCGGCUGUCACCCUACGCGUCAGCAAGGAACAGGAGCAUUUCUUGGUGGCCCCACAGGGGCUGGCAUGCAGCGAGGUGACAGCGGCCAGCUUGAUCAAGGUGAACGUGCUGGGGGCCGUGGUGGAGCAGGGCAGCACCAACUUCACCCCGGACGCGCGCAGCUUCAGCCUCCACGCCGCCAUCUACGCCGCGCGCCCCGAUACCCGCUGCAUCAUCCACCUGCACACCCCGGCCACGGCUGCAGUCUCGGCCAUGCGCUGUGGGGUGCUGCCCAUCUCCCGCGCCGCGCUGCUGCUGGGGGACGUCGCCUACUUCGACUUCAGAGGGGAGGUGGAGGAGGAAGGGGACCGGGUCGAGCUCCAGAAAUGCCUUGGCCCCACCUGCAAGAUCCUGGUGCUGCGCAACCACGGCGUGCUGGCACUGGGGGACACGGCCGAGGAGGCCUUCUACAGCAUCUUCCACCUGCAGGCGGCCUGCGAGAUCCAGGUGUCGGCGCUGGCGAGCGCGGGGGGCACGGAGAACCUGAUUGUGCUGGAGCGCAGCAAGCACCGCGCACACGAGGUGGGCUCCGUGCGCUGGGCGGGCAGCACCUUCGGGCCCAUGCAGAAGAGCCGCUUGGGCGAGCACGAGUUCGAAGCCCUGAUGAGGAUGCUGGACAACCUGGGGUACCGCACCGGGUACACGUACCGCUACCCCCUGGUGCAGGAGAAGAGCAAACCCAAAAGCGAUGUGCUCAUCCCCGCCACCGUCACUGCCUUUGUGUUCGAGGAGGAGGCCGCCCCCGUGCCCGCGCUGCGGCAGCACGCCCAGAAGCAGCAGAAGGAGAAGACGAGGUGGCUCAACACCCCCAACACCUACAUGAGGGUCAAUGUGGCCGAGGAGCCCCAGGGCAGCGCUGGCAGCCAGAAGACAAAGACGACGUGGCUGAAAGCAGACGAGGUGGAAAAAGGCAGCAGCGGGACCCCAAUCCGCAUCGAGAACCCCAACCAGUUCGUGCCCCUCUACACGGACCCACAGGAGGUGCUGGAGAUGAGGAACAAGAUCCGGGAGCAGAACCGCCAGGAUGUGAAGUCAGCCGGACCCCAAUCCCAGCUGCUGGCCAGCGUGAUCGCAGAGACCAGCCGCAGCCCCUCCACAGAGAGCCAUUUGGGAGAUGCAGAAGCCAAAGAAGCAUCCCAGGAUGAGGCCCCCCCGGAGCCGGAGCCCCCGAACCCCUUCAGCCAGCUGACGGACCAGGAGCUGGAGGAGUACAAGCAGGAGGUGGAGAGGAAAAAGCUGCAGGGCGAGAAGGCUGCUGUGGCCGAGGAGAGCCAGGCUCCCCCUGCAUCCCCACCGCAGAGCCCGGCCCCGACGCCUGCGGAGCCCGCGGAGGGUGACAAGAAGGAGGAUGGGGACCGAGCGCCGGCUGAUUCUGCUGUUGAGAAGGAGCCGCCAGCGGUGGUGAAUGGGAAGGACGAGGAGCAAAGCACCGAGGAAAGCAAAGCCGGGGAGCGGACAACGUCCCCUGCCAACACCGACACGGAUGCCCCGAAGGAGAAGGAGACGGUGACCAGCAGCCCCGUGUCCCCUGAUGGGUCCCCUUCCAAAUCGCCCUCGAAGAAGAAGAAGAAAUUCCGGACCCCAUCUUUCCUGAAAAAAGGCAAAAAGAAGGAAAAGAUCGAAUCCUGAGUGUCCUCCGAAGCCUCCAGCCCGGAAUCCGCUCCGGAAGGAGGCACCAAAGACGCAGGCAUGGCUCCUGCAGCUGAAAAGCCGGGAGAUGAGCUGUUUCCUUGGGUAUUCCCGGCACCAGGCACCUCGUCCCCUCGUCACCCGCUUAUUGGAGGCGGUCACUGAGCUUCGGAAAGAUUUGUGGCCCCUGUUUGCUGCUUGGGGAAACACCCACCCGCUGCGAUGCUCCUUCUCCCUUCUCCUUCCUGGGUACCAGCCCCUUUCCCAGUCCCGGAUUGAGGGUUGGAUGUGGGGUGUUUGCUCCCCCCUUUGUGAAUUGCAGGGCGCAGCUCGGAUGUGCUCGGUUUGGGGAAGAAAAGGGUGUUUUUUGUUGUUCUUUUCCUACCUUUUUGUCCCAAGCUCCACUGGAAUGGCUUCACACAUCGGGUGCUGCUUUGCCAAGGGAAUUGGAUCAGAAUAGGGGGGGGUUUGCUCUUCCUGAAGGAGAGGCCAUAGCCUUGUGAGCCUUUCCUUUAUGGAUCAUAACCUUCCUCCUGGUGGGCUGGAGUCCCCUUCUCCUGGUGCUGCUGCC